CUGCUACCGACUCUAUGCUCACUGUCUCUCUCCUUGCUCAGAACCGCCAUUUUGGAGACAGAGAGCUGAGAGUCGGCCGCAGCAGAGACAGAGCAAAAACGGCGGACACGGGGGACAAGAUUUAUCACUUGCGGGACACUGUACAUUGUGCAUUAUGAAGUCUCACUCUCCAAAGUGAUUGCCAUUUUGGCUCCUGUACCUCUACCUAUGGCCUCAGAGCAGGAUGGCGUGGGAGAUGCCACAUGCUCAAAGUUGGCCAAACCACUUCACCUGCAGUACCUUGAGCGAUCCCUCCGCCUAGACACCUUUCUAAGGCAGACUGCUGCUAUUUUUAACCAGAACAUUUCGAGUGAUGAUAGUGAUGAUGGUUUGUGCGAAGGGUCUUCUCUGGCCUCAUCUAACCCACUGCUGGCAGUGAAAGAAGAUCACAUCAACCCAGAGGAAGAGACCAAAGAUUCCUGCAGAGAUGGAGAAACAGUGUGUGAAACACUCAACGGAGCUCUGUUGCCAGAGCCCAAAGCUGACAAGGCCAGUCUGUAUAAUUUCUCCAAACUGAAGAAGAGCAGGAAAUGGCUGAAGGGCAUCUUGCUAAGUGAUGAUACCACAGAUUCAGACUCGGAUGAGUCUGGCUUCACACUGUCACGGGAAGAGCUGCAGGACAUGCUGCGCCUACACAAGUUCAGAAAACUCCACCAGAGCAAGUUCCACUCUGACCGAGAGCUGCAGCACUAUCAACACUACAGCACAGGCCUCCUGUCCACACAUGAUCCUUUCUAUGAGCAGCAGCGCCAUCUAUUGUGUGUCAAGAAAAAGAAAAUCAAGGAAGACAAGAAAUGUAAGGCCAAGUUAAAAAAGAUGAAAAAGAAGAAGAAACGAGGUGAGGAAUUCUCCAUAGAGGGUCGGCCACAUGUCACUAAAAUCUUUGCCAAGUUUUCCCAUGAUGCACCUCUUCCCAUGAUUAAAAAGAAGCACUUAACCAUUGAGCAGCUUAAUGCUCGAAGACGAAAGGUCUGGCUCACUAUUGCCAAAAAAGAAAUCCCAAAGGCAUUUAAACAGAAAGUCUCAGCAAGGAACUUUGUUUCAACCAAUGCCAGGAAGCUGGCCCAUCAGUGUAUGCGUGAGGUUCGGAGGGCUGCGAUCCAGGCACAGAGGAACUGCAAAGAGACAUUGCCACGGGCACGCCGCCUCACUAAAGAGAUGCUGCUGUACUGGAAGAAGUACGAGAAGGUGGAGAAGGAGCAUCGUAAGCGUGCUGAGAAAGAGGCUCUCGAGCAACGUAAACUGGACGAGGAGAUGCGAGAGGCUAAGCGACAACAGAGGAAGUUGAACUUCCUUAUCACCCAAACAGAGCUGUAUGCUCACUUCAUGGGGGGCAAGCAGAAUGCAGCAGGGGGCGAUAGCACGCAAGACGACAUCCUACGCAAGCUAGAAGACAACACCGCCCAGCAACAGAUUGACAUUGGUGGAGGGGUUAUGGUCAAUGUUGGUCAGGAGGACUAUGACAGUGAAAAUUACAAGUCUCAGGCCCUUACAAAUGCAAAAGAGGCAUACCAGAUCCACCAAGCCAGGACCAGACUGUUUGAUGAGGAAGCAAAGGACAGUCGCUGUGCCUCUCUGCAUGUGACUAGUGUGUCUGGCUUUGGCGAGAGCUACAGCUUAUCAAACCCAUCUAUUCAAGCAGGUGAAGACAUCCCCCAGCCCACCAUGUUUAAUGGAAAACUCAAGGGCUACCAGCUCAAAGGCAUGAACUGGCUGGCCAAUCUGUAUGAACAGGGCAUUAAUGGCAUUCUGGCAGAUGAGAUGGGACUUGGAAAGACAGUUCAGAGCAUUGCUUUGCUAGCUCAUCUGGCAGAGAGGGAAAACAUCUGGGGGCCGUUCUUGAUCAUCUCCCCAGCCUCAACACUCAACAACUGGCAUCAGGAGUUCUCUCGCUUUGUCCCCAAAUUCAAGGUGCUACCGUACUGGGGAAACCCUCAUGAUCGUAAAGUUAUUAGAAAGUUUUGGAGCCAGAAAACACUGUAUACCCAGAAUGCACCAUUUCAUGUGGUGAUCACAAGUUAUCAGCUGGUGGUGCAGGAUGUGAAAUAUUUCCAGAGGGUGAAAUGGCAGUAUAUGGUUUUGGAUGAGGCCCAGGCAUUGAAAAGCAGCACCAGUGUACGAUGGAAGAUUCUUUUACAGUUCCAGUGCAGAAACCGCCUUUUGCUAACAGGGACGCCAAUCCAGAACACAAUGGCUGAGUUGUGGGCCCUGCUUCAUUUCAUCAUGCCGACUCUUUUUGACUCUCACGAGGAGUUUAACGAGUGGUUCUGCAAGGACAUUGAGAGUCAUGCUGAGAACAAAUCUGCUAUUGAUGAAAACCAGCUUUCCAGAUUGCACAUGAUCCUAAAACCUUUUAUGCUGCGCAGAAUAAAGAAGGACGUAGAGAAUGAGCUAUCUGACAAGAUUGAAAUCCUGACAUACUGCCAGUUGACCAGCAGGCAAAGGCUGCUGUACCAGGCUCUGAAGAACAAGAUAUCCAUUGAGGACCUGCUGCAGUCUUCAAUGGGCACAUCCCAGCAGUCCCACAACACCACCAGCAGCCUCAUGAACCUUGUCAUGCAGUUCAGGAAGGUUUGUAACCAUCCAGACCUGUUUGAGCGUAGGGAAAUACACUCGCCUUUCCACAUGUCCUUAAAGCCCUUCAUCAUGUCCAAGUUCCUGUUCCGACACGGCCUCCUCUACAAUUUAACCAAACUGAAGCAGACUCUGCUUUCACCUUUUUCUGCACACCACAUUCAACAAUCCUUGUUUCACAGAAAAGGUGAGGAUGAAAGCAGCACCUUUUCUUUCUUGCGGUUCAUAAAUGUGUCUCCUGCUGAGAUGUCUAACAUAAUGCUUCAGGGGACUCUAGUGAGGUGGUUAGCUCUUUAUCUGUCCUUCAAGUCAGCCUACCGGCUCCAUCACCAGCGCCUGUGGGAUGAGGUGGAGCAGGAUAACCAGGCUGACGGAAAAGCCCUGUGUCUUUCACACAAAGAUCUCAUCUUGUGGCUCAAUCGGCCAACAUCUUUCCCAAACGUCCUCAACAGUCAUGUCCUACAGGAUUUGGUAUUUACGUCCACAGGACCAGGGCUGGUUUGUCACGCCGAUGUGCUGAUUCACAGCAGACGCUCCUCCACUCACAUGUUCAGACCCUGCCAACCCACUCAGCCACCCAAGUUUUUAUUCACCGUCACACCCAGGGUAACUUCAGUUCCCAUGGAACGCUACUGUGUGGAUCGGAGUGCCGAGUAUGAAUGUAGAUUAAUACGUGAUGGUGGUAGUCUCAUUGCUAAGCAGUGCUUCCUGUAUGGUUCCCCUGAGCUGGCUUGUGGAUGGGCUCAACGCUCUCAGGCCUUCCACCCUCAGAGCCCAGGGGGCGUCAUGUCUCUGCAGCCAAGACAUGGCUGGUCCUUUAUUAGGAUUCCAGACAAAGAGUCUCUGAUCACAGAGAGUGGGAAGCUUCAUACUCUAGACCUGCUGCUGACUCGACUAAAGUCUCAAGGCCAUCGAGUUCUCAUCUACUCUCAGAUGACCCGUAUGAUCGACCUUUUAGAGGAGUACAUGAUGUACCGUAAGCAUACCUACAUGCGAUUAGACGGUUCAUCCAAAAUUUCAGAAAGGCGGGACAUGGUGGCUGACUUCCAGAGCCGGACGGAUAUUUUUGUCUUCCUUCUCAGUACCAGAGCCGGAGGUCUGGGGAUAAACCUGACAGCUGCAGACACGGUCAUCUUUUAUGACAGUGAUUGGAACCCCACGGUUGACCAGCAGGCAAUGGAUAGAGCCCACAGAUUGGGGCAAACCAAGCAGGUCACAGUCUAUCGACUCAUCUGCAAGGGCACUAUUGAGGAACGCAUCCUACAGAGGGCCAAAGAAAAGAGUGAAAUUCAGAGGAUGGUAAUAUCAGGAGGAAACUUUAAACCUGACACUCUGAAGCCCAAAGAGGUGGUCAGCCUGCUACUGGAUGACGAGGAGCUGGAGAAAAAAUUGCGUUUAAGGCAGGAAGAGAAACGGCAGCUGGAGGAGAGCAGUAAGGUGAAGGAGCGGAAGAGGAAGAGGGAGAAGUAUGCAGAAAGAAGGAGAAAGGAUGAUGACCCAGACACUAAGAAGAAGAGGGAGGGUGUGAAUGUGGUCAUCCCUUAUGCCCCGUCAGCAGACAACUCCAACCUUUCGGGUGAUGGUGAAGACUCCUUCAUCAGUGUGGAUAUGGACUCUGCCAUGCCCAGCCCCUUCAGUGAGAUCUCCUUGAGCAGCGAGAUUCAGCCCAGCUCCAUUCCUGCAGACGAGAGCAGCAGUGACAUGCUGGUAAUUGUGGACGAACCCAUGUCUUCUGCUCCACAGUCCCGUGCCACCAACUCUCCUGCUUCCAUUGCUGGAUCUGUGUCCGACACGAUGAACGGUGUCUCCUCCCAAGAUAUGUCCAGUCCAGGCAGGGGAAGGUCUAGUCGGUGUCGAGGACGACCCAAAAGCUCUGGAGGAGCCAGGAAGUCUUCCAUCAGAAAGGGCAGAGGACGGAAGUCGACAGCGGGGAGUGCUGCAGCCAUGGCAGGGGCGAUGGCAGGGGCAGCAGCCGCAUCUGCAGCUGCAUAUGCUGCAUAUGGCUACAGUGUUUCCAAAGGUAUUCCAGCAAAUGUCUCCUUACAACCUACUCUCAUUCUUUCUUCAACCACACCUGCCUUUGUUCCAGCUGGCACCUCUUCCCCCCAGGCUAAAGGAAGCGCCAUGACCACCAACUCACAGACAUUAUCUCAUGGCAGUUCACAAAGCCAUCACAACCCCUCUAAGAGAGGCAAAGUACCCAGCAACCACAGUGGGCGGUAGCAGACUGUCUAGAGUUGUUUCUUUUGUUUUUUUAUUGUAGCAUGGCCAGUACAUUUUCAAUCCCAGGGUGACAGUUUUCCUACUAAUGAUGUCAAACUGCUAUCACUUCACAAGCCCUAUUGUCACUGCAAAACCCAACCUAAUGUUUGAAAAACCUACUUCAUUUUCAAUACCCAGAUUGUAUCCAUCCUGAAAACUUGGAUUUCUAGCCUUUUUAAUCUAAAACAAGUCAAUUUCCCCUAUGUAUUUGAUAUUUUUCUUUCAUAAAUAUACAACAGAAAAAGUGUGUUAUUCCAAUGACACCUCUUUGUUGUCUGAUGAACAAGAAAUCAAAGGGUGGCAGGGCUUCCUCAUUUAUGGUUGGGAAAACUUUCAUCAUGUUUGCCAUCAUUCUGAGCAGAGAUUGAGUUGAAAUGGAAAGUUGGGUGAUUACCAUACACCAUCUUGAACAAAGUCUUUACCUUGAACAUCCUGUAUAUAAACAGAUAUGCUUUUUUUUGUAAGACUGCUCAUAUUUUUGUAGAACAGAGUUGUUGACAUUGUUCUAAUGUCUGUGAACAUUUUGAAUACCGAAUGGCCUUCUGUUUAUUUGCUGCAAAUUCAAAGAUUUUGGCUUAAAUACUAAUAUAUAUAUAUAUAUAUAUUCUCUUGGGAAGAGUAAAAGAAAUCACUGAGUUUGUAGUAAAUGCAAUGAAUAAUUUCUGAAGUGGUGAGUGCUGCUCCAAAAACAUGUCACUGCUCAGAUUGAGCCUGUGACUUAAAAUACUUGGAUGUGAUAUGUAUCAUAGUUUAAGUUAAAACUUGGUAAUUUAUGAUGAUUUGUGUUAGUUGUAUAUUGUAUUGAAACUGUUUUUAAAAGAUAUGAAAAGUUUUGUUGCAUCUGUGGCAUAUGGCUAUGGUAUUUCAGAAAAGGCCAUUGUUGGAUUUAUUUUGUCCCUAAAUUUAAAGAGUGAUGUUCUAUGUAUGUAAAUACUAAUGGGUGUCAUACCUUUCAAAGUUCUCGAUUUUUCCCAAACCGCUUGUCUAUUUUUAUAAGUCAGUGUAAAUAUCUAAGAAACCCACAUGGCCCUUUUACAAAAACAAAAUAAAAAGUAUU